AUGCCUCGCGCUCGAAGAGACUCCUUGGUUCAGAGUAUUGCAAGUGCUAGCAAUACUGGAACAACAAAGACUCAAACUUUGCCAGGCUUGUUAGAAGAUAGUUAUCUGUUGGAUCAAUUACAAAAAUUAUCCUUAGUUAUUGAUAAUAAAGAUUGGAAUACUAUUGAAGAAAAUGAAGUAUCCUCCAUUACAGCAGAAUCAUCAACUACAGAUGAAAAAGCUUACUCAGAGCCUAAUAAAAAUCAUUCAAAUAAGUAUUCUGCUUAUACUACUUACUUAGAACAACUAGAUUCUAAUAUUUACAACUAUAAUUUAGUAUUAAAUCAAACUAUUUUAGUUGAAAAUCAAUUAACUUCAAUUAUUGAUAAAUUCAAUGAUGUAAAGACAGAUACAACCAACUUCAUUGAGAUAAUAAACAAUGUUAACAAUGAGUACUCAAAAUUAAAUAAAAUUAAUCAAGAUAUUCCUGCCAUUUUGAAUCAUUUUGAGAUUUUAGAACCAAUUAUGAGACGAUUAAAAAAUUCUUCAUCAUCAUUAAAGAUUGUUCAAAGGGAUUCAUUUAAAACAAUGCUAAAGAACAUUGAAAGCUCAUUAGUCUUUUUAGAAUUGAACAAAAAUUUUAAAGAUUAUGAAAUCUAUAGAAUAAAGUUUAAACAAUGCUUAAUUAGAUGUAUUGAAUUGAUUACUAAUUACUCAGUUACCCUUUUAAAGAAUAACUUCAAUGAAAUUAAUUUAAAACUCUCCAAAAAGGAUAUUAAUUCUGUUACAAAAGACGCUUUGUUUUAUAAUAAAUUUUCAAUUAUAUCUCUAAACUUUAAUGACCAAAUCAAAGAAAUUUUUCAGAGACUACAAAAUCCAAAUUUAGAAAGAUAUUUUGAUGAAAUCUCUUCUUUAUUGAAUCAAUGCUUCGAUAAUUAUUUUCAACUUCGUCAUAAAUUAUUAUCGACUGUUAUAUAUGACUUCUUAUCAGAGAGCUACAAAGAUUCCAACAUUAAUCUGGUUAAAUUUAUUCAAAGUUACAAGACUUUCUUCCAACAACUUUGUAAUGAUGAAUUUAAUUUAUUUAUUAAAUUCUUUCCAUUGAAUGAUAUUUCAAAACUAAAAAUUAAUCAAUGGUUUAUUCAUAAAUUAUGUGAUCCAUUAUAUGACAAUUGCAGAAUUAAAAUAUUGAAAGAGGUUGAUAUACCAACACUAUGUGAUUCUAUUUCUUUGUUUACUCAGUAUUAUGAAUUUGAAGAAGGCUCUGAUGAGUACAAUAAAAAAUUUCAGAAUAUUAAAUUUGAUAAAAUUUUCGAACAAAUUUUAAACAAAAUCCAAACUAGAUUAAUUCUAAGAACUCAAAUUUAUAUUGAAAAUUUCAUUAUCAAUUAUAAACCAACUUUGGAUAAUUUUACAAUUACUCACAAUGCACAUAAUAAUAGUUCUAAAAAUACUAGCAUUUUAAAAGAUCCUUUGGUUAAAUUAUAUUUAAAUAACUUAAAAUCAAAUAAUUUAAGAUCAAAUACCAAUACUUCGAUGGGUUUAAAGAAUGAACGUAUUGUAUCUGCUGGAAAUAAUAGUACGAAUGAUGAUGAAAAUACUGUCUUAUUGGAAGAAAAAAUCUCCUCUUAUUAUCCUCCAUUAAUUAUGUCUCUAGCUUUAUUAUCAAAAAUUUAUGAAAUGGUAAAUUCGAUUGUUUUUGACGAUCUAGCUCAUCAUAUUGUCCAUGAUUGUAUUGUAUCAUUAAGAAAAGCUUUCAACUUUUUGCAAAAUAUUACUGCCAAUAAAAAGGAUAUAGAUCAAUUAGAUAUUAAAUUAUCAAUGUUAAGAAAUUUAUUAAUGCUGCGUGAUCAAAUUCAGAAUUUUAAUAUUGAGUAUACUGUUAAUGAGACUUAUUUGGAUUUCUCAGGGGUUGAAGAGUUCUUUAAUUCAUUUAGUAGCAAUAAUACUAACCAUAAUAACUUAAGCGAAUCACAAAAUAACAGCGGUACUAAUUUGAAAUCAUUUAAUAAUAAUAGUAAAUCAACUUCAAAUACAAAUUUGAAACAUAACGAUUCUUCAGUUUCUAUGCUAACAAUGGCGAGAGAUUUGGUUCCAAAGGUUGUAAAUAACAUGGUAGAUGCACGUACCGAACUUAUCAACGAAUUACGUGUAGUUAUUAAAGACUUUACCGAUUCAUGCACUCAUGAUAUUAUUAAGGAUUCAUUUACACUAACAAAAUUGGCAGAUACAACGUUUAAUAGUAUGACUUUACAAAAGAAUGUUGAAACUACUUUACCUAUAAUUUUUGAAAAGAUUUGUAAAUACAUUGAUGAUAAUGAUAUUGUAAUAAAUUUAAUGGACGCUAUUCAAUUAGUUUUGAUACAAAGCUAUAACGAAUUCUUUGAAUUAAUAACCUCUAAAGCGGAAAAUAAUCAAAUUGAUAAAUCUAAAAUAACAGAGAUAAUGGAUAGUGAUGUAUUUUUUGAAUUUGUAAACACAAUCAAUUCAAAAUUAACUAAUAGCAAUAUCUAA